AUGAAUAUUUGUGAGGAAUUUUUGGACAAUUUUAGAAAAAACAAAUUGUCUGGUUGGACAGCUGAGUUGGCAUCAACAUUCGCAGACUUUAAAAGUAAAAAAUUGUAUGGCAAUUCCUAUGAUUUUGGUGACUUUGAUAAGUGCAUAAAUUUUGGAUUAGAUGGAAAUGAAGGAAUUCAGGGAAAAUAUUGCUCAGUCCAAUAUUAUUCAACAACUCAAGAUACUAUUUCCGUGAUGCCAAGGUCAAGUUUUUUUAAUCAAGGCUGGGAGCAUUUAGACUCAAGAUUUGGAGGUGCUGUGUGUAUUCCAUCUGUCUGCAAUCCUAAUAAAUUGAUUCCUGAAUUAAUGGAACAAAUACUUAAUGGCACAAAUUACGUCAUGUCUUCAGACUACAAUCAAAAUGAGUUUUGUCAAGUAAAAAAGCACUUCUUGAUGACGGCUUCUGGAAUUUUUGGAAUAUCUUUUGUUCUUUUUUUCAUUAUUCUAGCUAUUGUAAGCACUUUUAAAAGCUAUCGGAAUCAAGAAUCAAUCUACUCAUCAUUUUCUCUCACUCGAAACCUUAAAAACUUAUUCUAUGAUGAAAGUACUGAUGAUACCAUUGCAUAUCUUCGAGGAAUCAAAACAAUAUCCCAUUACGUUACUGCUUUUAUUCAUAUGAUAUUGGCAAGUCUUUAUAUUCCAACUAAAAACUCUCAGAAUAUUCUUGCAUAUCAUCAAGGAGAAUACGAAAUGGUCAUAUCACAAGGUCCAGCUGGAGCAACUUUUUGUCAAAUGAUAACAAGCUUUUUACUGACGAGAGCUCUUUGGAAAUUGUUGGAACAUAAAAAGCUGAAUAUUCCAAUGCUGUACAUUUAUCGAUAUUUAAGAAUCGUUCCAUUAUUAUUUUUCGUAAUGGUUGUUGAGAGAUUCAUCAUGCAAGGCUGGAUAUCGGAACUGAUUGAAGCACCAUACUUCUUCCCAAAUCAAUUUUCAAAAAUAUUCAAAUUUUAUUGGCUGCCACUUCUUCAAAUUCAGAACUAUUUUGUUGAUCUCAAGGAGACUUUCAUGCCACCAUCAUAUUACUUUGCUGUGGACUUUCAUUUGUUUAUGAUUACACCAUUUGUUAUAUUCCUUAUAUGGAAGUGGAGGCGAUUAAGUUUUAUUGUUUUUUCAUCACUUCUUGUGAUUGCGUAUGCUAUCAAUUAUUCAUACAUUAUUGGCAAUAGAGAAUAUUUUGAAAAUAUGAAAUAUCUUUCGUACGAGGAAAAAACUUUAUCAAGAUAUAUUCAAGAAACACAAUUUGCAUUGCCUGGAUGGAUUUUCGGGAUGAUAUUUGGAUACUUAACUAUAACAGUUAAAACUGUCAAUAUAGAUAAGAACACAAAGCUCUUUUUAUGGACAACUCCAUUUUUGCUAACGUUUCUUUGGAUACUAAGAGUAAAAGCCCCUUUUCUCAAGGAAUAUGUAGUUUACUUAGCGACACUAGACAAGUUCUAUCAUUCAAUAAUCUUCACAUUCGUUUUAUUCUUAUGCCAUUAUGGUUCACAAGAUUUAGUCACAAAAUUUGUAUCGCUUCGAUUUUGGGUGCCAUUCGAUCGACUUGGACUAGCUGUUCUGAUUUCUCAUGCAAUGGUCUACAGAUGGAUGUUGAUAACGCGUAAAGAACCUCUUGACUAUAAUUUGUAUACGAUUAGUAUACAUUAUCUCUACGGAAUGACAGCAUCUUUGGCCUAUGGAUUGAUACUGAACUUGCUCAUUGAACAACCGAUUAUCAAUCUCUUUAAAUUCUUUUUUAGAGCUUCCAGGCAGAAGAAGAAAAAUUUGUGA